AUGCGUUCGAGGCUUUUUUCUGGGACUGAGGCGCAGCAGCCGGACUCUGCGGCCGACGGCGAGGCGUACGUUAUCGUUGCCUCACCGGACAUGCCUUCUACCGAGGGCGCUCAUCACGAUCAGGCUUCCGCUGCCACCGAUCCAUCGCUUUUUUCUGGUACGCAGCAGCCGGAUUCUGCCAACAAAGACGACGAGCAGAAGGAGGGUCAACGCGAUGAUAUGGGUCCGCCUUCUGGUCGCGAGGGUCACGGGCAGCGUCUGAUCAAUCUUGCACCAUCAGACUGCGUAGCAAAAGCGCACCGUUCGGCGCUCUCCCGCAACACCAAAAACCUCCCUGAUGCCAUCGGGGACCAAAAGACGCCUGGCAUCGUCGAAUUGGCAUCGUCCUCGACACAAUCUGACCAGUCUCCGCCGGGUGAGACCAACACCACUACAACUACAACUUGCGGGCUGCGCUUUCUCGAGGCGCCGGGAACUUUCCUUCUAGCCCAUUUCGUCAGCUUUCUCCUUCUCACCUUUCCCGCCGUGGUCACCGGCCUCGACCCCGUGGACAAGAACCCAGCUACGGUGUGGCAGCUCUGCGCCUUCGUUCCGAUUUAUGCGGUUUUGGCAACGGUUCGGGUCCGCUGGAUGGCGUACAUGAGCCCCUACAAAAAGGCCGACAGCACUGAACAGAAGAAGACCACCAUGGCGGCUCUUGGGGAUUUCGGUACUGCUGUGGCGGGGAAAGCUGCGAAUGUGGCGUUUUUGUGCGCUGUCGGAGAGUAUUUGGGCAAGCUUGGGAUUUUCUUGCCUAUGCUGAAAUGGGUUGAGCUUUUCGAUGGGAUGGGGGAGUUGAGGAUUGCGGAGAAGUCUGGCUGA